ACAAUUCUCCUGUGGCCCAGCAGAAGGCUCUGUGCUACCAGUCAAAUCUGUUUUAAGAUUGCCAGAAGCUGGUUUAUUUCUGUUUGCCUGGUGGGAGAGCUAGCUAUUAAUUUACCUUGCCGACCCAGCAGCUUUCAAACACAGUAGCAAACUAAAUUAGAAAAGGAUGUUGUUAUAAAUUAUCCACGUUGCUUUAAAGCCAUGAGUAAAGUAUUUCUGCUUUUUUAUUCCUGCCCAGCAAGAUUUUUUCUGAUCUUUGCAAUUGUAAGCUUCCCAAAUUUGCAUUGCUUAAGUGAAGAAACAGCUCCACCCUUUCAACUGAGUGGACUUGAAGUCAAUGUGACUAAAGGCAGAUGGCGCCGAUCUUCAGACAGCCCACCACAGCCUAUUGAUUGUGUCAUUUCCAGUUGGUCAUCGUGGAGUGGUUGUGAACCUUGCCAGAAGAAAAGGUAUAGGUUUGCCACAGUGGAACGACCUUCUCAGUUUGGCGGUGACCCGUGCAAUUAUCCUGACAAAGAAACUGUAGACUGCAUUCCAAACAGACCUUGCAGAAACACAGUCAGAUGUGAAGGCUUUGUAUGUGGCACAGGAAGAUGCAUUAAUCGGAGGCUGCUUUGUAAUGGAGAGGAUGACUGUGGAGAUCAAUCAGAUGAAAGAAACUGUAAGAAGGUUUAUGGGAGGUGCAGCCAGCCCACAGAACAAUACUGGGGGAUACAGAUGUUAGCAAGUGGGUUAAAUAUUUUCACAAACCAUCUGGAAGGAUUGGUUCUUGACCAUACAUAUUAUGCUGGAUCAUGUGCUCCCCAGUAUAUAGCAGACACUAGCUUUAGAAAACCAUUCAAUGUGGAAAGUUAUUUGGCUGAGACCAAAGGCAAAUAUGAAUUUACAUCGAACGAAUAUGAAUCAUAUUCCAGUUUUGAAGAGAACGUCUCCAAGGCCAAAUCAAAACAACAAAGCUUCAGCAUUGGAAUAAAAAUACCCGGGAUAUUUGAAUUUGGUUAUAGUCAGGAUGACACGAGAUACAAGAAAUUUGUUGAAAGGACAAAGCGUUUCUCCUCAACGUCUAGCAAAUUUAUCCAUGCCCGCUCUGAGCUGGAAGUGGCACAGUAUAAGCUGAAGAAUCAGAACCUGAUGCUCCACUACGAGUUCUUUCAGAGAGUUCUCCAAUUGCCCUUAGAGUACAGCUAUGGGGAAUAUCGAGAGCUCUUCAGAGACUAUGGAACACAUUACAUCAAGGAGGCAACUCUUGGUGGAGUUUAUGAAUAUACCUUGAUCUUGAAUAGCCAAGAGCUUCAGAAAGCAGGUUACUCUUUAAGUGAUGUCCAAUCUUGUACCCAAGCUGGCCUUAAACUUGGUGUAAAUAUUAAGGGAAUUUAUGUGUCAGCUGGAUUAUCAGGGGGAAGCUGUGCUGCCCUUUUAAAGGAAAUUGGAGAGAACACAUUUGAAAGGAAAUUUGUGGACGACUUUGUUGCUCUCGUCCGUGGAGGCGCGAGUGAACCGAUUACAACGCUUGCUGCCAAAAGCCUGCCAACUCCAGAGCUGAUGCAACAGUGGGGAGAAGCAGUGCAGUACAACCCUGAAAUCAUCCAAAUGAAGGUAGAGCCCCUUUAUGAGUUAAUUACUCCAAGCACCUUUGCCAAUGCGAAUAACCUGAAACAAAACAUGAGGCGUGCCCUGGAGGAGUUCCAACAAGAAUCGAGCAGCUGUCGUUGUGCUCCUUGCCAGGGUAAUGGAAACCCUUUCCUGAAAGGGACUCACUGUGAGUGCAUUUGUCCUUUAGGACAUCGGGGUCUUGCAUGUGAGGAGACACUAAGGACUGGUAUUGCAAUAGAUGGGAACUGGAGUUGUUGGUCCAGCUGGUCUUCAGCUUCUGGGGGGAAACGGACAAGAAGAAGAGAAUGCAACAAUCCGCCUGCCGAAAAUGGUGGCAAGCCAUGCUCUGGGCUCAAUGUAGAAACUACUUAGUGAAACAUUUGAAAGGAUAUUUAGAAGAAUACAUAUCAGGGCAUUUUCAUAAUAUCAUGCAAAUCUACAGAAACUUUCCUCAGCCUGAUGCCUUUCAGAUGUCUUUGACUACAGGUCCUAUCCUCCUUACACUGGGUGAGGUGAUGGGAGCUGUAGCACAACCUAUCUAAAGGACACUAGCUUGGCGAAAAGUGAUACAAUGUUUUGUUCAGCCAACGUUAAAGCAAAUUUUUGGAAAGCAUUUAGAUGAUUGGUUGACAGUAUUAAAUUGCUGUGAUAUAAAACAGGGACUUCUCCCAAGCACAGAGACCCUGAUGUGUAUAUGAGGCUAGGAUUUUCCCAUUCAGGCCCACAGAUGGAAGUGUUCUGCUCAUUGCUAAUUCCAUGUGGCAUGAGUAGUAUGCUACCCUUAUGUGCACAUGAUUUGGGUUCAUAUCUGACUUAAUAUGACCUUUGGAUGAGGAAGUACACAGAUGAUAGCAGAAAAUAUAAUCAGCAGAUAGUAUUCAUAACGUCAAGGAGAUACAUGUAUUUAAAUAUCCUACACACCCUGAAUUAUUCAAGGUCAUCAUCUGCCAUCCUAACAUUAAGAAAUGCCCACCGUUGCCAGAUAGUUACAUGAAAUAAAAUCUAGCUGAUUAUUUGGCUGAGUUUCAACCUGCUCUUUUCCAUGAAUGUUUUAAAAUAUGCUUUUUUUCCCUAAUAGUCACUGGAGGGUGCUUCACUCUGCUGAGACACAUAGGAUAAAUGAAAAUUUAAAUCUCAAUCAUCACAGCCUCACCAAAUGUGAAACUUGAAUCCAAUGUGGUGAUGAUAUACCCAGCUUCCCAUUUAUUGCAUUGAACACAAAUUGUUUAACCAAUUAUAUAUUGCCUUAAAGGGAGGAAAACUGAAUUGUGAAGUACUCUGCAAUACCUCUGUGACCCCCUGUAAUUUCAAAGAUGUAUAAUAAUGAUAUGCUUAUUCAUUGGAUGAUUUCCCCCUGUAGAUUACUUGGUAAAAGAAAUAUAUUCACAAGCAUUCUGGAACUUAUUGUAAAGAUGAGAUAAAACAAAUUGCAUUCAUAAAGUUCAAGCAGAAAUACUUUUAAUCUGUGCAAAUAAAAAUUAACCAUUAUAUUGUUACUUGACAUUAA